CCACCUUUACCAUUGCUUUCUGAGGAUCACUAGGUGGCAAGCUUCUAUUCAAUAUUUACUGAGUUUCUAUUCUGUGCAAGGCCUUAUGCUGGCCACAAAAGAUGCAAAGAUGAAAAAGAUGUGGUCUCUGCUAGUGCCCAGCAGACUCUUCUGGUAGUGGUUGGAGUUGCCUUUGUCUGAUUUUCAAACUCACUGUAUCCCCAGUUCCUGGUCCGGAAAACAUCCUUAGAGACUAGAGGAGUUUGGAGAGGUCUGAGAUAGAAGGAGGGGCACAAGAAGGAAGGGAAGAGGGGUGGUGGUGGUAAAAUUCGGUUCAAUUCAACAAAUCUUUAUUCAAAUGCUGCUGUUUGCAAGGUUUUAACUGUGAGGUGUUCAGUGUUUAGGUAAAUGUAGGUACAUAGUCCUUACUGCAAAGGAAUUCAGUUUAGUAGGAGAGAAAAAAUGAGCGUAGAGGUUCCAGUUUUCUAAACAACAGUGGAGAACUCUGCAACCCCUGCAGCUGUUCUAAUGCUUGCUCUCUUUUCUCCUCAGCCGGACUUCUUCAAAUAAGACAUCCACAUUCUUGUCUCCCAGUCAUUCCCCAAAAGAGCCUGGCACAGAGGAGGAACCUAGUGAGUAUUUACUGACUGAAUGAAUGAGCAAACACAGAUAAGAAUGCAAAAUGCUGUGGAAUUCAGAGGAGGGAAAUCGUAUGCUGUUAACAAACUAGCAUUCAUUCAACAGAUUGGUGUUUGUUUUCUCACCCUAGUGGGGUUAUUAGGAUAGAGGACUAAGCACAUGGACUGGAAAUUGGAAGGGAGUGCUUGGAAAACAGAGUCCCCUGAGCUGCAGGAGCAUGAAGUCAUCCUAGAGGACGCAGGAGAAGAUGGCAUCUCUGAAAGCUUCCAGCUUCUACAGAUUGAUGUGGAAUGCGAGCAUCGGGAGGAGGGAGAGACCAUGCCCACAGGCAGUGCAAUGUGGUGCUCGAAAAAUGUCCAAAGAAAACGGAGACACUGGGAAAAGAUAGUGGCAGCAAAGAAAAGCAAAAGAAAGCAAGAAAAAGAAAGACGAAAAGCUAAUCGUGUAGAAAAUUCAGGCAUCUGCCCCCAGCACAGCAAACGUUUUCUGAGAUCCUUAACCAGGGAGAGACUUUUGGAAGCCAAACACUCAGGACCAAGACUUUGUAUCGAUCUGAGUAUGACCCACCACAUGUCUAAGAAGGAAUUAAGUAGAUUGGCUGGACAGAUCCGGAGGUUGUAUGGAUCAAAUAAAAAAGCUGACAGGCCAUUUUGGAUCUGCCUCACUGGAUUCACAGCAGAUAGCCCCCUGUAUGAAGAGUGUUUGAGGAUGAAUGAUGGAUUUUCUAGUUACCUGCUAGACAUAACAGAAGAAGACUGCUUUAGUUUGUUUCCUCUGGAAACCCUUGUGUACCUGACUCCUGACUCCGAAUAUGCUCUUAAAGAUGUUGAUCCAAACAAAGUUUACAUCCUUGGUGGACUUGUGGAUGAAAGCAUUCAGAAGAAGGUGACAUUUCAAAAAGCCCGAGAGCACUCUCUCAAGACAGCCCGCCUGCCAAUCCAGGAAUACAUGGUCAGAUGCCAGAAUGGGAAAAACUAUCACUCAGAGAUACUGGCCAUUAAUCAAGUAUUUGAUAUCCUGUCCACUUACUUUGAGACUCAAAACUGGCCUGAAGCACUGAAGAAAGGAGUUUCUUCCAGAAAAGGCUAUGUUCUUCAGAACUCAGUGAAGUGAUGGGCAGCUGCAGGCGGCAGUGUUGCUGGCGGGGCCUUGACCAAAGAGAAGGUGGCAGUGGCACUCACAUGCCUUUAUUGAUGUCUUGAAUCUGCAUUAGGAUAUAAAUUACUAAUAACAGGGACCAUACUUGAUGCUCUUUUGUAUCUCCCAUCGUGCCUGGCUCACAGGAAGUGCCCAGAUUUAUGUUGACUAAAAGUUUACCUAACAAAUUAACCUUAAAACUACAUGGCUUUGGAUGUAUUAAUUCAUCUUUUGUACAUCUACUUGUGAAAAACCUACUCUUUAGAGAUAGCUUAUAUAAUUAAAUAAUUAUUGUUCUA